GCGGCCGGCGGCCAUGGCGCUGCUCGAGCACGAGAGCCAGAUCUUCCUGGACCUCUUCCACCAGGAUGGGCUGGUGAUCUGCGCCCGCGGGCUCGGCAUCGACCGCCUGCUGCUGCGCUUCCUCCGCCUCUACUGCGAACCCGCCAGCCUGGUGCUGGUGCUGAACACCAGCCCCGCCGAGGAGGAGUAUUUUAUUGAUCAGCUGAGGUCAGAUGGAGUCGUUCAUCUUCCUCGGCGUGUUACCAAUGAAAUUAUAAAUAAUACUCGAUAUGAAUUUUACACGCAAGGAGGAGUCAUCUUUGCAACAAGUCGAAUCCUUGUGGUAGAUUUCCUUACUGACAGGAUUCCAGCAAACCUCAUUACUGGCAUUUUGGUAUACAAAGCACACAGAAUCAUUGAGUCCUGUCAGGAAGCAUUUAUAUUGCGACUUUAUCGCCAGAAGAACAAACAAGGCUUCAUUAAGGCUUUUACAGACAACGCAGUUGCAUUUGACACUGGCUUUUGCCACGUGGAAAGAGUGAUGAGAAAUCUUUUUGUCAGGAAACUUUACCUGUGGCCAAGAUUUCAUAUAGCAGUGACCUCAUUUUUAGAGAAGCAUAAACCUGAAGUGGUGGAAAUACAUGUGUCAAUGACCCCUGCUAUGCUUGCAAUCCAGACUUCAAUCCUGGACAUUUUGAAUGCAUGUUUGAGAGAGCUCAAACGUUACAAUCCAUCUCUUGAAGUAGAAGAUCUAUCUUUAGAAAAUGCUAUUGGUAAACCUUUUGACAAGACAAUCCGUCACUAUUUAGAUCCUCUGUGGCAUCAGCUUGGAGCUAAAACAAAAUCUUUGGUCCAGGAUUUGAAGAUACUACGUACUUUGCUACUGUAUUUAACUCAGUAUGAUUGUGUCACUUUCCUUAAUCUUCUGGAGUCACUGAAAGCAAGUGAAAAAGCUUUUGGUGAGAAUUCAGGUUGGCUGUUUCUGGACUCCAGUACUUCAAUGUUUGUAAAUGCUCGAGCGAGAGUUUAUCGCAUUGCAGAUGAGAAACUGAAUCAGAAAGGCAAAGUUUCUGAAAAAAGUGAUGUAAAGAAGGAAAAUGAAGUGAAAAAGGAAUUGGUUCUAGAAAGUAACCCCAAAUGGGAAGCUUUGAGAGAAGUACUGAAAGAGAUUGAAAAUGAGAAUAAGAACAGUGAAGACCUUGGUGGUCCAGGGCAAGUGCUUAUUUGUGCCAGUGAUGACCGAGCUUGUGCACAGCUCCGGGAGUACAUUAUUACUGGAGCUGAAGCUUUUUUAACAAGGCUGUAUAACAAAACCUUCGGAAAGGAUGAGAAAGCUGAAGAAGUGUGGCUUAAGGAACGAAAAACUGUGAAGUCCAAAGGAAAUUCCAGACCAGACUCAGGGCCUCAAGCCAAAAAAGCCAAACUUGCAGCUUCUUCAAAACAAAACAAACACAAGAAGCAGCAAGACCGGACUAUAAUUGAAAUGAUAGGGAAAACUGAGGAGGAAAAAACAGAGGAGUUAGAGGUGGAAGAGAACAAAGAAUUAAACAGUAGCCAGGAAAGCAGCAUUGAAGAUGCCAUUCCUGAAGAUUUCCAAAUGAAUUUACCCUCAGAUUGUUACUAUGGAAUUUUCAAGAACCCGCUCACAAUUAUUCAUCCGUUGCAGGGCUGCAGUGAUCCCUAUGCACUCACUCGGGUACUGCAUGAAGUAGAACCAAGAUAUGUUGUACUAUAUGAUGCAGAACUGACUUUUGUUCGGCAGCUGGAAAUCUACAAGGCGAGCAGGCCUGGGAAGCCACUGAGGGUUUAUUUCCUCAUAUAUGGUGGCUCAACAGAAGAACAGCGCUACCUCACAGCUCUAAGAAAAGAGAAGGAGGCCUUUGAAAAACUCAUUCGAGAGAAGGCCAGCAUGGUUAUUCCUGAAGAAAGAGAAGGAAGAGAUGAAACAAACUUAGACCUAAUACGAGAUGCUAAACCUGCUUCUGCUUCUACGGAUACACGCAAAGCAGGUGGACAGGAGCAGAAGAGCAUUCAGCAAACUGUCAUAGUGGAUAUGCGGGAGUUUCGUAGUGAGCUUCCAUCACUGAUUCAUCGCCGUGGUAUUGAUAUUGAGCCUGUUACUUUGGAAGUUGGAGAUUAUAUUUUAACUCCCGAUAUCUGUGUAGAGCGGAAGAGUAUCAGUGAUCUGAUUGGUUCCUUAAAUAAUGGAAGACUGUACUCACAGUGCAUUUCUAUGUCCCGUUACUAUAAGCGACCGAUUCUCCUCAUCGAAUUUGAUCCUAACAAACCUUUCUCCUUGAUUCCCCGAGGCUCUCUACAUCAGGAAAUUUCCAGUACUGACAUUACUUCAAAACUAACCCUGCUUACACUCCAUUUCCCAAAGCUACGCAUCCUGUGGUGUCCCUCUCCCCAUGCUACAGCUGAACUGUUUGAAGAGUUAAAACAAAACCACCCCCAACCUGAUGCAGAAGCAGCAAUGGCUGUCACAGCAGAUUCUGAAAUUCUUCCCGAGUCAGACAAAUACAACCCCGGUCCUCAGGACUUUCUGUUAAAAAUGCCAGGUGUUAAUGCAAAAAACUGCCGUGCCUUAAUGAACCACGUUAAAAGCAUUGCAGAGUUAGUGACGCUUUCAAAGGACCAACUCUCUAAAAUCUUGGGUAACGCUGCCAAUGCCACACAACUUUUCGACUUUAUUCACUUGACCUAUGGAGAAGCCAUAUCUAAAGGAAAAAACAAAAGAUGACUAAUGAGAUUGUUCAACAUGGGGCAUAGAUAAGCUUUUCUUGUGCAGUACUUUGGCAAAGCACAUGAAAUAUUUUAAUAAAUGCCCUCUAAGAUAACCAGCUGUUUCUUGCUAAUGCUGUUCCAUCAGUUUUAACAUUGGAGUUAAUUAUUACCGAAGGCAAGUUUCAAGGGGAAUAAAAAAAGUUUUUUAGUAGAGAAAUGCAAAUGAUUUUUAUUGUUCCUACAGCACUUUAACCAAUUCUAUAAUAUCACUGAAUGAGCUAAAUGAAGUUCUUCAGCAAGUCCAUAAGAAUUAAUUGCCAAAACUAAUUAAUAAAGGUGUUUUCUUUCAAAAGUUAUUAUGUCUUGUUAAAGCUAAAAAUGUACUGUUUUUAAUAGUAUGUGUGACCUGCUGCAUGAUGUGUCACUUUGCUUUUGCAUUUUAUUAAUGUCUUGCUCUCUGGAAGCUGCCAAUUUUUGAUUGACAGUGAUGGAACUAUUUGAAACACAUCGUGGUCUUUUGUCACUAGUUCAUUUAGAAGAACAUACUUGGGCUCAAUUGUGAAUUGUAGAACAUCAUUAUAAGCCUUUGUCACAGUAAACUGCAAUUGUAUGGUACAUUCUAUAUUAUACUUAUUUACUUUACUAGAAGUUACACUUUCUUCUUUGACAUUCCAAAGGCAAGACAGCUGUAUGUUGCUAGAUUUUGCAAAGUGCAUUUCUUUGGUCUAGAUUGGAUAGAAAUUCCACAGUGGCACAAUACAACAUAUUCUCAACGUGCCUUACUUCUUAAGAUGCUUUAUUUUUUUAAUCACUUUUGAUAGCUCUUUCACCUCCUUCACUUGACAGUGAAAAAUCUAGCUGUACUGUUGGGACUAUUCCUUUUUACCAGAGCAUAUUUUCUCUCAUAACAUGCAGUAGUUUUCUAAGUAACGUUUUCCAAGUGUAUUGAGAAGUUCAUCAAAUACUAUCUUCUUUCUGUGUCCUGUUGCACUUACAUUUUAAUGUCUUAAAUAGACCAUCUGUCAAUAAAUUCAGUAAAGCUAUUGUCAUCUGGAAGAUGAAACUUCUAGCAUUCUGUGUAAUGUAAAACAGGAAUAGUUGUUCUUUUGAUAGUUUGUGAAUAUGUAUAUUGUUAAAAACCUAUAUUCUGCACUGGGCUUUGAUGUGACAACUAUGUAGCAAACUGCCAUUGCCAAAAGGGUUGGUCUUGUGUCAAUACAUGCUAAUGUAUUUACAUUGGCUAUUUACAAAAUCUUUAUCUGUAAUGCCUUGCACAUAUGUAUUUAUACGAUUCUAAGGCAAACAAGAUCAAUAUAAUCUCCAUCAUUAAAGAAGAAAAUACUGAUUUUUCUGUAUUCAGGUUCAGUAAGAACUGUACUGUGCACUUUCAGGUGUAAUGUUUACUGUGCACUUUAAGGGUGACUUAUGAAUUUAACUUACAGUCUAGGACUGAGCUGUGACAGAUUUCCAAAGUGAACACUUUUAUACAGGUGCAAAUUUCAGUAUUAAAUACAUCCAUAACAGGAUUAAAAUUUGAGAAUUGUCUUGCUUCACUAUAUUUGUCUGUAUUGGAACAUUUUAAUUUUUAGUAUGUGGUUCAUAAUCCAGACCUUAGCAUUUCCAUUGCCCUAUAUUCUUAUUUAUUUAAUGUAAAAAGAAGUCUUUCCAUGAGACUCUUGCUUAUUUAAAUCAGUAAGAUCAGAAAUGCUCAGGCUUGAGGAUGCCUGUGAAGUGGUGCUAAGAGAACACAAAAUCAGAGUGAGAGCAUAACUGUCUUGAAUGCAUGGCCUGUAGAGGUGAGCUGAACAAGUUUUGAAAACAUGUAUUGUUUGUGCACUUGCAUCAUUAAGGUGUUUCAUGAGCUGUGGGUUGGUUUGUUUUUUUCAUGUACACUGCAUCUCAGCAGUGAAAUCUCAACGAUUUUUUUUUUCUUAAAUGUGUAUAAGGUGAAAAUGAAUAGUAUAUCAAGUUAGUGUUACAAAGUUGUAGUUUUGUGUUGUACACUAGAUCAGUAAAUGCAAUUAAAUAAUUUAAAUUUGUCUUUUGUUUAUAUAUGUGGAAUUUCUGUGAGGUUUUUUGAUAUUUUUCCAAUGAAGGAUUUGUCUUUUUCUUUAAAACAACCACAAGUAAUGUUGUAUGUUGUUAUUGCUUAUUUGCAAUUUGGCAUGUUGUCAUAUUAGCUUAGGUUGGAAGUUAGUGGUGUGUCCUUCUAGGGGAGUAGGCACAACUUGUGAAGGAAGGUGGAAGAGGCCUUAUCUCCUGAAACCACUGAACCCUGAGAUAACCAAACCAAAGAGUCUGCCUGUAUGCAGAUGCAACACAAUGUUGGAGUGAAUUAUGGCAUUCCUUAGGAUGCAUUCCCUGGCCUUAUGGUGUUCUUUAGCUUACUUUCAUCGACAGUCAUGAAAUUUUGUAGCUCUUGUCAUUGCUUGACGUUUUCUGUUUGUGUUUUCUUAUUAAAAAAAAAAAAAAGGAAAGAGAUUGUCUUCAGUUUAAGAGUGUCUCAGAUUCUUUCUUACACCCAAACCCAAAUUCCACAUUUCAAGGUCGCUGAAUGUGUGAAACUAGUUGGGAAUUAAGUUAACAAGCUGCUUGUUUCUGCAGUUUGCCCUAGGCUUUGAUUGCACAAGGUUUCUUCUCGAACAAUAAUAAACUCAAAAUCUUUUAGGAACAAAUUCAGCUUAUAGUGGCAAAUAUAUUUUGCACAAGAUGGAUCAUAUUGUAGUUCCAUAUUGUUGAUUCUGUAAAAUCCACACUGCUUAU